GACCCUUUCUCUCUCCUGUUUCUCUCUCUAGGGUUUUGUGGGUUUUUGAAACUCCUCCCUCAAAUUCUCAAUCCUUCUCUUUAAUGGGUAUCUUUCAAAAUUCUCUGAAACCCUUCUUCUUUUAGAACAAAUCCCAUUGACAGAACCCACAAAAAAAAAAAAAAGUUCAAUUUGUUUGCGACCCUUGUUUUUGUUCUCUUCCAUUUGGCUUUUGCUCUUCUUUUUGGAGUCAAAUUCCAGUGCCUCAAUCGACCCUUUUGAGAACAAAUUCAAAAAAUGGCUCCUUCUGGAGGAAGAAUGGCGGCAAGAACCAGAGGAAACUCCCAGAGCUUGAAGCUGAAGAAAAUGAAGAAGACGAAGAAGCAGCAGCAACAGAAACUUCCAGCCCCAGCGACAGAAAACGACGUCGUUCAGUGUUCCAACGACGACAUCGACGGCGGCUGCAGCACGCCGAGAGCAGAGAGAUUCAGAAUUCCGGAGAUUGUAACAUGCCCGCCGGCGCCGAAGAAGCAAAGACCCGUUUCCGAUUGCUCUUUCCGGCGAUCGCCAAUUGCCUUUUUUGCCCCUCCGGAAUUAGAGCUCUUCUUCUUCUUCGCGCUGCCGGACAUUCCAGUCUGAAAGCUAAACCCAAUUUAAGCUCGUGUGUUCAUACAAAAAUUUACAGAGAUAUCAAUCAUCAAAUACCAAGUUCUGAUUUUUCUUCUCUUUUCUUUUCUUUUUCUUUUUUUAUUAGAUAUUAGUUUCAAUAAGUUUGGGGUUUUUUCUUCUUUUUCCAGUCAUUUCACUGUGUGUGAGAAUUUGAGCUUGGAAAUGCAGUUUUUUUUCCCUUUUCAAAUUAGGUUUGCUCUGUAAUAUUAUCAUGAUUUUUUUUCUUCUUUUUGAAUUUGAACUGUGUAGGGUUAAUUUAAUUUGUCCAUGUGCCACUACUUUCCCCUUGCGAUAAUUUCA